GUACUCAGUUACUCACUCGCCAUAGCCAUGGCCGCCCCUAUCAAGCUCCACCCAUUGGCUAUCAUUAUCAUCCUCCUCUCCUUCACAGUACAGGCUUUUUCCGAAUCUGAAUCCAAAGCUCCGGGGCAAUGUAGAUCAGAAUCAGUUGGAGGAUGCCACGACAAGGCCGAGGCUCUAAAACUAAAAGUCAUUGCCAUAUUUACCAUAUUAGUCACCAGCAUGAUCGGCGUUUGCCUACCACUGUUUUCACGGUCUGUUCAGGCUCUUCAACCCGACCGGGAUCUAUUCGUGUUGGUUAAAGCAUUUGCUUCCGGCGUCAUACUCGCGACCGGGUACAUGCACGUGUUACCAGAUUCUUUUGAUGACUUGAGAUCGGAGUGUUUGCCAGAAAAGCCUUGGAGAAAGUUCCCGUUCUCGACUUUCGUGGCAAUGCUAGCGGCUGUGCUUACUCUUAUGGUGGAUUCAGUUGCACUGAGCUAUUACAAGAAACGUUAUGCUAAAGCUGCUGUCGUCGGUGAUGGUGAGAAAGCGAAAAAUGGGACCAUAGAGUUGGGAGAUGUUGGGCACGGUCACGUUAUGAGUCCUCAUGUGCACAGUAUUACUGAAGAAGUCACACAGUUGCUGCGUCAUCGUGUUGUAGCUCAGGUACUAGAACUGGGGAUUGUAGUGCACUCAGUAGUAAUCGGUUUGUCAAUGGGGGCAUCUGGCAAUUCAUGCACAAUCAGACCGCUCGUUAUUGCUAUCUGCUUCCAUCAACUCUUUGAAGGAAUGGGUCUAGGCGGAUGCAUACUACAGGCUGAAUAUGGAACCAAGAUGAAAGCAAUUCUGGUGUUCUUCUUCUCGAUCACAACUCCAUUUGGGAUCGCGCUUGGAAUGGGUUUGUCAAAUGUAUACACAGACAACAGUCCAUCUGCUCUAAUCGUGGAGGGACUGCUAAACGCUGCGUCUGCGGGGCUUCUGAAUUAUAUGGCAUUGGUGGAUCUCUUGGCAUCUGACUUCAUGGGACCUAAGCUCCAAGGAAGUUUGAAGCUCCAAAUGUGGGCAUGUUCUGCAGUAUUACUAGGCGCUGGAGGCAUGUCCUUGAUGGCAAAAUGGGCAUGAAGAUGCCACAACGUCGCUAAUUAAGCUUUUUUUUGGUGAAAAAUGCAUUUCCUACCUCUCUAUUUUCUCGUGCAGAGUUUAGAUCCUUUCUUUUUGUAGUGAAACAGCUUUAGCUGUUGUUUUUAGGCCUUUUCGCAUAAAAAUUAGUUUUUAGUCAAGUCACUUAAAUAAGGAAGUACUUCCAAUUAGACUGUAAUACAUGAUUUGGUACGGUCUUGGUUACAAGUUGAUUUUGAAUGCA